CUCAACUGCGACUUUUCCUGCAGAAAACAACAACGAUAAAUAGUUUUAUUCACUUUACUGUACAAGCAGUUAUAUCACAUGAAAUCGCGCCCAGGGCUGACAGACUUCCUUUAACAAUUUAACAUAAGUAAAUAAUUUGUAUGUAAUAAAUCAUUAAAAAACUUCUAUACUAGUUGUUUUGUUUCGUAAAUCUUUGGUGUCCUUGUCAUUUCUCUGAAAUAAUAUUGACACAACUAAAGAGACUUUGCGGUGUCUGAGUCCCUUUUCAUGUCUGGUGGAUGGUUCUUUUUUAGACUCUGCCCUAUAGAGUCAUUAUCAUACAUAACGCUCUUACAAGGACAGGUGGGGGUGAACGUCCCAUAUAUACAGGAGCUAUAGAGGUGUGAAGGUGUUCAGCGCUCAAGACAUGGAGAAGAUCAAGCUGGAAGACUGUUAUGUCUCUGAGGAAUAUGGAUUCAUACUCCAAGAUCCCUUGGUUAAACUUCCUGAAUACUAUAAACCCUGGAUGGACAUAGCAGAGAAUUUAACCGAACUGAUUGAAACAAAGAAACUUCGCGAUGAGGUCAGAAAGAUGCCAGAACUAGACAUACAGCACCUGAAGGGGCACAGACAGCUCCGCUUGGCCCGUGUGUUCCUCAGUCAUAUAUUAAUGGGUUACAUGUGGCAGAAUGGAGAGACUGGGGGAGUCAAGGUGCUGCCUCGUAACCUGGCUGUGCCAUAUCACAAAGUGUCCCAGAUCCUCGGGAUGCCGCUGAUCAUGAUCCAUGCAGACUUUGUUCUGGCUAACUGGAAACGCAAGGAUCCCACGGGGCCUCUGACAAUAGAGAACCUGUCCACCAUUGUGUCUAUCCCAGGUGGUGACAAUCUGCAGGGCUUUGUAUUAGUCACGCUGCUUGUGGAGGUGGCAGCCAUUCCUGCAGUUAAUGCUAUCAUUAGGGCAGUGAAAGCCAUACAAGAAGAUGACAGACAGACCCUUCUAACAACCCUACAAGACUUGGAGCAAUCCAUAACCAAGAUGAGCGCGGCUCUGCAACUCAUGCAUGAAUACGUGGAUUCUGAUGUGUAUUAUAAUACAAUCCGCACAUUCCUUUCUGGUUGGAAGGAUAACCCAAACAUGCCGGAAGGUCUGCUUUAUGAAGGUGUAUCGGACAACCCCUUCUAUUUCUCAGGGGGUAGUGCUGCCCAGAGCUCGGUGUACCAUGCCUUGGAUGAACUGUUUGGAAUUCAACACCGACCUGAAAGUGCUGAUUUUCUCCUGAAGAUGCGCAGUUACAUGCCUCCAGCCCACAAUCAGUUUAUCAACUGGGUCCGAGAGGCUCAAAGCCUGCCUGAGUACGUAGUGAGAUCUCAAGAUCCAGCUCUCCUGUCCAGUUUCAACCAGGGCAUCUCAGCACUCACAGAAAACCGCUCCCUCCAUAUCCGCAUUGUAUCUAAAUACGUUAGUGCAGCCGGAGUUCGGGCCCGGAUGAAGAAGAAGCAAAUAGAGAAUCAUGGACAAGACCAGCAGGAGAGGGGUACUGGUGGGUCACAAGCUAUGACCUUCUUAAAGAGUGUCCGUGACACCUGCAAAGAGGGAAUACUUAGGCAAAGUACUCCAGGAGACCACUGAUGUCGUUCUUCUCCAUGAUUCUCGUUCUUUAAAGGUGCUCACAAAACAAGGUGGGAACCACCUAGCACUAAAAUGUAUCUAACAAAGGAAUUUAUAAUUCUACCCAAACUGGAAACCUGGUUUGGGUUGGACUAUAAUUAGGUCUCAAUUUGCUAUCUAGACGGCCAGGGCUUUUGACAGAGAUUCAUUGGAGCUCCAUGGUCUCAAGUCUCCUGCCAUUCCUUAAAGAGGAUGAUCAAAACUACUGUAACCAUUAAAGUAAAUCUGUCAGCAGUAUCACCCUUACUAAACCUGUCACACAGACUUGUAGUGUGGGUGAUGCUGAUUAAAACGAUACUGACCGCGUCCAGAUUCGCCCAGUGGUUCCCCCACAAUUCGCCUUUUUCCUUUAAUGCAAAUGAGGGCCUUGGGGCAUGGGCGGAGCUCCGAACCGAGCUAGGGACACGCUGACGUCAUCUUGGCCUGGCGGGCACUCCGCCCCGGCUCAUCAAUAUUCAUAAACC